AUGUCACCUUCCCGACCAGGUAUGGAGUCAUCUUCCCGACCUGGUAUGGAGUCAUCUUCCCGACCAGGUAUGGAGUCACCUUCUGGACCAGGUAUGGAGUCACCUUCCCGAUCAGGUAUGAAGUCACCUUCCCUAACCGGUAUGGAGUCACCUUCCCGACCAAGUAUAGAGUCACCUUCCCGACCAAGUAUAGAGUCACCUUCCCGACCAAGUAUUGAGUCACCAUCCCGACUAGUUAUGGAGUCACCUUCCCGACCCGGUAUGGAGUCUCCUUCCCUACCCGGUUUGGAGUCUCCUUCCCGACCAAGUAUAGAGUCACCUUCCCGACCAAGUAUAGAGUCACCUUCCCGACCAAGUAUGGAGUCACCUUCCCGACAAGGUAUGGAGUCACCUUCCGGACCAGGGAUGGAGUCACCUUCCCGACCAAGUAUGGAGUCCCCUUCCCGCCCAGGUAUGGAUUCAGCUUCCCGACCAGGUAUGGACUCAUCUUCCCGACCAGGGAUGGAGUCAUCUUCCCGUCCAGGUAUGGAGUCUCCUUCCCGAGGAGGUAUGGAGUCACCUUCUCGACCAGGUAAUGGAGUCAUCUUCCUCGACCAGGUAUGGAGUCAUCUUCCCGACCAGUCACCUUACCGACCAAGUAAGGAGUCACCUUCCUCGACCAGGUAUGGAGUCACAUUCCCGACCAGUAUAGAGGCACCUUCCUCGACCAGGUAUGGAGUCAUCUUCCCGACCAAGUAUGGAGUCAUCUUCCCGACCAAGUAUGGAGCCAUCUUCCCGACCAUGUGGGAUUUUCUCUGGCAACUCCAGUUUUCUACCACAUUUAAACCUCCUGCGUGUUCCCAUCUAUCUUCCCGACCAGGUAUGGAGUCAUCUUCCCGACCAGGGAUGGAGGCACAUUCCCGACCAGGUAUGGAGUCACCUUCCCGACCAGGUAUGGAGCGACCUUCCAGACUUGUUUUGAAGUUACCUUGA